AUGGCGAACAUACCCUUUGGUGGCAACGAUAAUUUUAUUUUUGUUUGCACACCUGUACUGGACGAUAUACCCCUCACCUACACUCUGACACAAUUCAACGGCUCCUUUCUCAACGAAAACAUUUAUCGUCAAGCUGCUAGUCCUGAAGUCGACUCGGCUUGGGAGGCGCUCGGCAUCAACUACCGUGCGCUCAGAGUCCCUCCAUCACUCGCCUCAAAAUCAGGACUCUCCACUUUCCAAGUACAAAUCUCUCCCAAGUACGGAGGAGGGUACCCUGUCAAUGUCGAAGGACUCCACCACCUUCACUGUCUCAACCUCCUGCGCCAAUCCCUUUGGUACAACUAUCCAUAUUACCGCGAUCUUGGACAAGGAGCUUUUCGGAACGAAGAAUUCAUUGUGCAGAAACAUGUCAGUCAUUGUCUAGAUAUUUUGCGACAGCAAUUGAUGUGUACUGUGGAUGUUGGCGUUUUGGGACAGGUUUGGGUGCAUAAGAAUGAACCAGAAGCCUUCACGGAUUUCAAUACCAAGCAUACGUGUAGGGAUUUUGAGGCUGUGAGGACGUGGGCUGAGGAGAGACAGCUACCAGAAAGUGUGCCCACCGAUUUUCUCCAGCCUCCUGAAUGGGAAGAUAUUUAUGAUGACAUACCAUGA